GUUCUACCAUCCACUGACAAUGGAAUCUCGAGUUCUUCAAGUGCUCCAAAAAGCUAAUUGUUUUCAAUAUAACAUACUUACCAUUGGGGAUAAGUUGUGGAGAAAACUUGAUUUGGUCUCUUACCGGCCAAAGUGUUUUGCAACCCCAACAAUUGUAAAAAGAGAUUUGUAUUGGAUGGUUAAACACACAUAUGAAAAUGAAUACAACGUUCCUCCUUGCAACAACUCCAUCAUGAGGUUUAACAUGGGCACUGAACAAUUUUGCUCCAUGCCUCAUCCAGGAAAGGAAUGUCACUCACGACCAAUGCAUGAAAAGAUGCGGCUCUUAAAGUUGGGAGUGAAAUUAUGUUUUGGUUAUUUGGAUGCAAGAUUAAUUGAUAUAUGGCGAUUGGAGGAUGUUAAAAAUUGGUUAUGGGUGAAAACAUACAAGGUUAACCUUGAUUGGGAUGUGAAUUGUUACCCUUUUGUGUUUAGUGUUAUUGAUCCAUAUUAUUUGAACUUUGAAGUGAAGCUUUUGAAAAUCCAAAAAGGUGAGUUGUUGAUGGAUUGGUAUUCAAGAGGAUUGUUUGCAUAUGUUUUACCUCGGGGUACCAUCAGAAAAAUUGAUAAAGCAAGGAUGAAGAGGUCUGGGUGGCUGCAAUGCAAUUGAAUAUUAUCAAAUAUUCUCGUGGAGCAAGGAUGAAGAGGCCUGGGUGGCUGCAAUGCA